AUGGCUCCCAUUCCGAAAGAGUGUGACUACCUCGUCCUGGGAAUUGGCAGCGGAGGUAUUGCAUCCGCCCGGAGAGCGGCAAAGUAUGGCGCCAAGGUCAUUGCGGUUGAAUCGAAUCGCAUGGGCGGCACAUGCGUGAACGUUGGCUGCGUACCCAAGAAGGUGACAUGGAACGCCGCGGCCAUCGCAGAAACAUUCAAGGAUGCUAAGGCGUACGGAUUCGGCGGAUACGAUAUGCCCACUUUCGACUGGCCCCUGUUUAAGAAAAAGAGGGACGCGUAUGUGAAGAGGCUGAAUGGUAUCUACGAGCGAAACCUUGACGGGGACCAAAUCGAGCACCUGCAGGGACGAGCCAAAUUUGUGGCCAAGGACGAGGUUGAGGUAGCGUUGGCCGGCGGAGGCACCCAGAGGAUCAAGGCGAAGCACAUUCUCGUUGCAACUGGCGGCCGUCCCAAAGUUCCUGGGAUUCCUGGAGCAGAGCUUUGCAUUGACAGCGACGGCUUCUUCGACCUAGGAGAUCUACCAAAGAAGAUUGCAACGAGCGGAGCAGGAUAUAUCGGUGUUGAAAUGUCUGGCAUGCUGCACGCCCUUGGCUCAGAAGUCCACUUCUUCAUCCGCGGCCAGACGCUUCUUCGAACUUUCGACCCCAUGAUCCAGGACACUGUGACAAAGGAGUACGAGCGUCAAGGUGUCAUCCUCUGCAAGGGCACCCAGAUUACUAAGGUGGAAGACAUCGGUAACGGCCAAAAGCGUGUCACCUACACGGAAACCGAGAGCGGCAAGGAGGGUACUGUGGAGGUCGACACCGUACUUUUCGCAACCGGACGUGAGCCCGAGAUCGAAGACCUGCACGUUAAAGACCUGGGCAUGAAGCUGGACGAAAAGAACCACAUCAUCACCGACGACUACCAAAACACCAACAUCCCGAACAUCUACGCCGUUGGUGACGUUUCUGACCGCGGCUUCGAGCUCACCCCCGUUGCCAUCGCAGCCGGUCGUCGCCUUUCAGACCGCCUCUUCGGCGGCAAGCCCGACUCGCACCUUGAAUACCAGAAUAUACCCUCCGUGGUCUUUGCGCACCCAGAAAUCGGCUCCAUUGGCCUGACCGAGCCAGAAGCUCGCGAAAAGUAUGGCGACAUGGUCAAGAUCUACAAGACGAAGUUCACUGGAAUGUACUUUGCCAUGAUGGAACCGGAGGACAAGCAGCCGACGGCGUACAAGAUCAUCUGUGUGGGCGAGGAGGAAAAGGUAGUCGGACUCCAUAUCCUCGGACAGAGCAGCGCGGAGAUUCUGCAGGGUUUCGGCGUUGCAAUUAAGAUGGGCGCGACGAAGAAAGAUUUCGAUAACUGCGUGGCUAUCCAUCCCGUCUCGGCCGAAGAACUGGUCACUAUGACUUAG